AUGAAGUUCUUCAUAGCGCUUGCUCUCCUGGGAGCGGUUCUCGCCUCGUCCCACUAUGAUCGUUCGAUCGAGAGAAACAUCCAAGAAUCAUCGUUCCGCGCUGGACGCGAGUACCGCUAUCUCUUCAACGGACAACUCUCUGCUGGUCUCCCAAUCCCAUCCACCCCACAAGGAAUCUCUCGUCUCCAAACUCAAGUCAACCUUCAAUGGACCGAUGGAAACACCGUCCGCAUGCAACUCCAGAAGACCCGUUUCGCCACUUCCCAACAAGAGACCAAUUCCCAAAAGAUGCUCCCAUUCGAGCGUUUCGAGGAGGUCGACCGUAUGGACCGUGAGCACGAACAACUCUUGAGCAUGCCAGUUGAAUUCCAAUACGAGAACGGACUCGUCAGAGAGAUUCGCUUCGCUGAGGAUGAUCAACCAUGGUCUGAGAACAUCAAGAGAGCCGUCAUCAACAUGCUCCAAGUCAACAUCCUCAAGAAGGAGAAGCACGACGGAGCUGAGAAGAAUGACAACCAGGAACAACUCGAUGCUUUCACCAAUGUUGAGCGUACCCUUGAGGGAGAAUGCGAGGUUCUCUACACCAUCGAAGAGAGCCAACAAAAGAAGGAGGAACAACGUUGGGCCAAGUCGAUCAACUUCGACAAAUGCUCCCGCCGUCCAUACAUCCACCACGUCCAAACCCCAGUCUGCAAGGAUUGCCAACAAACUCUUGACCAAGACAAGAUGAGCUCCACCGUCAUGAACUACAACAUUACCGGAACUCCAUCCCACUUCCUCAUCAACUCUGUUGAGCUCCGUUCCCAACAUCUCUUCGCCCCAAUCUCCGAGAAGCACCAACUCGUCUCUGCCUUCACCCUCAACACCAUGGAACUUAUCUAUGCUGGAGAGAAGAAGUCCGAGAUCAAGCAAGUCCGCAACGAGAAGACCUCUGAGCUUAUCUACAACCAAGACUGGGAGUGGGCUGAGCAACAAUGGGCUCAAACCGGAGAGGAGAAGUACCUCAGACAGAUGCCACAAUGGACUGAAAACAAGGUCGAGAUGGUCCAAAAGAUGUUCUCUUUGAUGGCCAAGCAAAUCGAACAAGGAGAGGCUGAACUCGAAGCCGCCCACACCGUCUCCAGAAUCGUCAAGGUUCUCCGUCAAUGCAACGAGGAACAACUCGAACAAAUCUACCGCCAUGUUGCUGAGCACAAGGACGAGAAGAUCGCCGAGCAACUCCGCUCCAUCUACUUCAACACCCUUGCUCUCGCCGGAACCCGCGUCACCAUCCAACAAUUCGUUGACAAGGCUCAAUCCCUCAAGAACAUGACCCCACUCAAGGCCUCCGUCUCCAUCAAGACCCUCGUUGACAUGCGCUACCCAUCCCUCGCCAUCGCUGAGGAUAUCGCUCGUCUCUGCGAAUCCGAUGUUGCCUCCAGCUUCCCAGCUCUUCGUCAAUCCUGCUGGCUUACCUACGGAGCCAUCGUCAACGGAGUCUGCGGACAAACCCCAAGAGUCUUCGUCCAAAAGAACGGAGUCAAGAUGUGCCCACGUGACCAAAAGCAAAGAAUCGUUGACAAGCUUGUCCAACAAUUCGAAUCCGCUUCCUCCCGCUACGAGAAGAUUCUCGCUUUGAAGACCCUCGCCAAUGCUGGACUCGACCUCGCCGUCUACCCACUCGAAAAGAUCAUCCUCAACGAGCAAUACGAGACAACCAUCCGUGCUCAAGCUAUUGAGUCCUUCAGACGUCUCCGCCACCAGAUGCCAGUCAAGAUCCAACGUGUUCUUCUCCCAAUCUACCUCAACCGUCAACAACCACAACACCUCCGUAUGUCUGCUCUCCACCAAUUGAUCUACACUCAACCAGAGUGGCCAGUUCUCUCUCAAAUCGGAAACCAACUCAGACAAGAACGCAACCAACAAGUUCGUGCCUUCACUCUCUCCCUUCUCCGCUCUUAUGCCAACAACGAGUCCCCAUGUGAGCAGACUUUCUCUUCCCGUGUUCAAUCCCUCCUCAACAACAUUCCAUUCUCUUCCCAAGAGAUUGACCGUUUCGAGUCUGUCUACGGAAAGUGGUCCACCUACUCCAGACGCCACCAAUCCGGGGUUGAGACCAACUUCGCCUCCCUCUUCACUUCUGAAUCUGUCCUCCCAACCGAGAUGAUGGCUUCCCUCGAAGGAGUCCUCUCCGGAGAAUGGAACCAAUACUUCGCUCAAGUUGGAUUCACCCAACAGAACAUGGAAAAGAUCAUCAAGAAACUCCUCUCCAACGUUCAAGAGAACGGACUUGAACAAGUUGUCGUCCGCGGAAAGAGAGCCUCCGGAUCCUUCAAGCCAACCGAGUUCUUGAGCAACCUCCUCGAGAAACUCCGCAUCACCCGCCGUCAACCAUCUGAACAAGACCCACAUGCCCUUCUCUACAUCAGACACCGUGAUAUGGACUACGCCUUCCUCCCAAUUGACGCCGAGUCGAUCCCAGAGGUUGUCCGUUCCAUGAUCCAAGGAGGAAGACUCGAGAUCGGAGAUAUCGAGAAAUACCUUGCCCAAGGAGUUCACUUCUCUGCCUCCAACGCCGCUUUCCUCUACGAGACCGUCCGCAGAAUUCCAUCCCCAAUGGGACUUCCAGUUCAAUUCACCUCCAAGAUGCCAACCAUCUCUUCCAUCCGUGGAAAGAUCACCUUCGAACUUGAGCCAAAGAACGGAAAGAGCUUCGAUGGACUCCGCCUCCGCUUCCAAGCUGAGCCACGUGUUGCCUCCACUCACGUUCUCUCCCUCACCGUCGUCUGCCCAAUCGCUGAAGUUGGAACCAAGUUCCUUCACCAAGCCGUCUUCAACACUCCAGUCGACACUGAACUCAGAAUGAACUGGGAAGACAAGGUCGUCAUCCGCGCCCUUUACAACGCCCCAUCCGAGGAGAAGAGAAUCGCCAUGAUCCAAUCUCGUCCAGUCACCUUCACCCGCACCGUCACCCCAGAUGCUCGCCAAUACCCAGAGCCAGUUGAGAUGACCUACAUGCUCCCAGCCCACCAACAACUCAGCCAAUCCCUCGACCGCGAGUACAAGCAAAUCCGUGUCCAAGGAACCCUCAACCGCCCAACCAACGGAAGAAUUCCACAAUGGAUUGUUGACAACAACGUUGAGGUCUACUACAAACCAACUGUUGAGACCUACGAGGCCAUCCUUGAGCUCGACAUGUACAACAACUACAAGAUUGAGAAGAGCUACGAGAAGGAGUACAAGAAGCACACCGGAAGAAAGUAUCUCGAGUCUGAGCCAGAAUACGACGAGCAAGAGCACCAAGAACAGAUCACCAAGAAGUUCGAGUGGCUCCAAAACGAGAAGGUCUACCAACACGUCGCCAAGCUCGAAGUCAAGCCAUCCGUCCUCAAGAUGGAAGCUGAAGCUGUCUGCAACAACGACUUCCACUACUGCAAGACCCAAGUCCGUGGAGAAGAUAUCCUCGCCACUAUCCAAUACGUCUACCCACAAACCCCAAAGACCGUUGAGGAGCUCAAGGAGCAAAAGUACCGUCAACUCGUUGUUUUGGGAGAGAUGAACUACGGAGAGAACACCAUCCAAAUCAACAUCAACGGACAACAAUCCCAAGAGCAAAAGAAGUUCGUCAAGCAAAUCGAGCAAGCCCCAGAACACGAGACCCUCGUCGAGGCCUCCAGACUUGACCAAUACCAAACUGUCGUCGAGUACGAGCUCGAGCCAAAAUCCGCUCAAUACUUUGCCAGAUACUGGAACUUGGUCCAAGCCUACCUUCGCACCCAAUACCCAUGGACCUCCAGAAUCGAGUCCCGUGAAGAAUCUAGCCGCAAGAACGUCAUCCGUGCCACCUUCAACGUCGAGCCACGUCAACGUCAAACCGUCAACAUGACCAUCGAAACCCCAGUUGAGACCACCGUCCUCGAGCGCGUUGAGCUUCCAUUCCAACUCCCAACCGCCCAAAUCCACUAUCAACCAAGAAACUCCCGUUACGAGCAGAAACCAGUCAUGGAGAAGAUCGCCCGUCACGCCACCAAGCAAGCCAACUGCGUCGUCAAGAGCACCAAGAUCCAAACCUUCGACGAGGUGGCCUACCGUAACCAAUUCACUCCAUGCUACUCCGUUCUCGCCAAGGAUUGCGGAUCUGAGAAGAACGAGCCACGCUUCGUUGUCCUCAUGAAGAAGAUCUCCGAGAAGAAGGAAUGGAAGAACGUCAAGGUUGUCUACGGAGAACACGAGGUUGAGAUGUACAAGACUGAGGAAGGACUCGUCUGCCGUGUCAACGGAGAAGACUUCGAAUACCAACCAGAAGCUGAGAUGGAGAAGAAGCAAUUCAACCUCAUCUGGCUCAACAAGAACACCGUCAAGUUCGAUUCUGAUGACGUCACCGUUCAAUUCGAUGGAGUCAACGCUCGUAUCCACCUCUCUGCUCUCUACAGAAACCAACAAUGCGGACUCUGCGGACACUACGAUAACGAGAAGGAAACCGAGUUCUACGAUGCUGAGAACCAAGAGAACACCAUUCCAAAGUUCGCCAAGAGCUACUUGUACAAGGACUCCAAGUGCAACUUCGAGCGCAACGUCUUCGAGAAAGAGGAGAACUUCCGCCGUAUCGAGAGAGAUCAAGAGGACCAAGAACAAGAGAUGAACUACGAAGAAUCCCGCCGUGAGCAAGACGAUGAGCCAACUGAGCAAAUCGUUGCCGUCGAACGCCAACACGAGAUCUGCUUCACCAAGAAGUCAGUCCUCCGCUGCGAAAACGGAAAGAGCCAAGAGUCCAAGAAGCAAAAGACUGACGUCUACUGUCUUCCAUCCUCCAACUCCUGGGCUCGCCGCCAAAUGCGUGAGAUCCGUCGUGAGCCACUCCGCCAAUGGUCCGAGGACAAGCUCCAGAACCUCCGUGAGCAACCACAAAUGGAGGAGCGCACCGUCCGUGUCCCAGUCGACCAAAAGUGCGAGAAGUUCGACUAUUGA